AUGGAAAUGAUAGAAAUUGAUCAGAAGGAGCUGAAGAAGGGUAUAUUGAGGAAAGAUUGGAUAAGAAGUGCUUCAGACCAUAAUGUCAUUUUGAUAGACAUAGAUAAGGAAUUGGUGGACAAAAAGAAGAGAUUUAUGUUUGAUAGUCGAUGGAUUAAAAUGGAAGCAGUGGAACUUGCAGUAACAGAAGGCUGGAAAGUGGAUAGGGAUGGGACUCCCAUGUAUCAGGUGCAGCAGAGACUAAAACGCACUAGGAUGUCUUUAUUAGCAUGGAGUAAGCCGGUGAGAGAUCUGAUGUGUGAUGGUGGAAAAAGGUGGGAUGACAGAUUGGUUAGAGCUCUAUUCAAACAGGAUGAUGCUGAUGAGAUUUUGAAGAUUAAGGGUUUAAAUCCAUUGACUGAUGAUUUGUGGAUUGUUCUUUUGCCAAGAAAGGAAUUUUCAGUGUCAAGG